AUGUAUGCCCAGUGGACAAAACUUUCAGUUCUUCAUCGAAUUCAAAACGUUCCACAUAAAAUGAUUCAAAAUCUCUUGAAAUUCUUAAUAUUUUCACUCAGUGUUAAAGGAAUCUUAAGUUUCACAUUUGAACAUGAAAUUGAACUUGAUGAGUUGCACAAUGCGUUAUUGAAAGUCGUUGAAGAUUCAUUUGUGGCAGUUACUUUGGAUAUUAUAACAUGCACGCAUAAUAAUGACAUAAGAAGUGACAUUAUUGGAUCUUUAUUGGAAGAAAGUCAAGGAUCAAUAAGUUACAGAAUAGAACGUUGUGAAGAGCUCAAUGAUUCAAUUAUAAGAAAAUAUGUCUUGAUACUCAUGGAUCAUUCUAAAACUGAUUUCAUGAUCAAACAGUUGACACCGCAUCGAUUUGAUUUCAGUGGAUUUUAUUUGAUUCAUUAUGUAAACUUUAAAGCCACCUUCGACAUUCUUAACAAUUUAUUCCGAAAUUUAUCCGAUUUAUUCAUUCAUAAUGUGAACGUCAUUUCUAAUGAUUCAAAUGUCAUUCAACUUAAAACAUUUUUCUAUUUUACUGAGAAAAUUUGCAAUUCAACAGAACCAGUUGUCAUCAAUAGAUAUGAGAAUAAUCAGUGGAAGUCUAAAGAAUUCUUUUUAUCAAAGACGAAGAACUUCUUUGGUUGUCCUUUGAAAGUUGCUACAUUUAUUUAUGAACCUGCAAUCAUUAUGGAAGGUUCUUAUGAUGAUAAUAAUUACACACUUGGAGGAAGCGAAGUGGAAAUACUCAAAGGAGUAGCAAAUGUUUUGAACUUUUCAAUUCAAUACAAUUUUGAUCCCACACCGGGUGCAUGGGGACGAAUAAAAUCAAAUGGAGAAGCUAGUGGAAGCUACCUAAAAGUCAUAGAAAAAGAAGUUGACUUGAUGAUUGGAUCGAUAACCAAAACUUACAUCAGAACAUUCUACGUUGCAUUUUCCACAGUUGUAAAUUUUAAUGACGUUCUUGUUGUUGUGCCUCCUGGACAACCAUUUACUGCUUUUGAGAAAAUGAUAAAACCAUUCGAAGGAAUAGUUUGGAUAGUUUUAUUGGUUAUUCUCACAGUUGGAUUCACAAUCGCUGUUGUCUUAUCAAGGAAACCUCAUUCUGCACUUAAUAGAAUUGUCGUAGGAAAGGAAAUAAAAAUGCCAGCAAUGAGUAUAAUUGUGGCAUUAGUUGGAGGUUCACUGCAUGUAUUACCAAAACGGUCAACACCUAGAGUUCUUCUCACAUCAUUUUUGCUUUUCUGUUUAGUUAUACGAACUCUCUACACAGCAGCUCUUUUUAAUUUUCUUCAAUCAGACAAUCGAAGACCGGGUCUGUCAUCGUUAAAGGAGGUGAUUGAUAAAAAAUUCCCCGUUUAUGUUUAUCCUUCUUUCUAUGAUAAUUACAAGGAAUUAAGAUUAUUGCGAAGAGCGAAAACCUUUAAUUCAAGCAUAGGCGAAUAUUAUGAGAAGGUUCAUGAUGCUAACUUCGAAGGAGUUAUUCCUUAUUUUAUUGAUAAUAUUGCGUAUUACAACAAAAAUAAUUAUAAAAAAUUUGUUUUGAGAGUGUUGAAAGAACGAAUUUUCUCAGUGCAGUCAGCUUGGAUGUUUCCAAAGAAUUCAUUUCUUGUAGAAAUUUUUAAUGAAAAGUUAGAGGCAUUCAAGGAAAAUGGAUUGUUGGACUUCUCGAUCAAGAAAUAUGUAAAUCCAAAAUAUCUCAACAUAAAGAAAACUAAAAGUGGUCCAAAGAAGUUGAAUUUUGAAAAUCUUUGGAGUUUUAGGCUUUUAGAUUAUGAUCCAAACUAG